UUGUGAUUGGCUGUUCGAUCCCGGCGUGGUCCGUGCGAGGGAAAAGAUGGCGGCGAUGGCGGUCGGAGGUGCCGGUGGAAGCCGCGUGUCCAGCGGGAGGGACCUGAACUGCGUCCCCGAAAUAGCUGACACACUGGGGGCUGUGGCCAAGCAGGGGUUUGAUUUCCUCUGCAUGCCUGUUUUCCACCCGCGUUUCAAGAGGGAGUUCGCUCAGGAACCUGCUAAGAAUCGGCCUGGCCCCCAAACGAGAUCAGACCUACUGCUGUCAGGAAGGGAUUGGAAUACUCUAAUUGUGGGAAAGCUUUCUCCGUGGAUUCAUCCAGACUCUAAAGUGGAGAAGAUACGCAGGAAUUCUGAGGCGGCAAUGUUACAGGAACUGAAUUUUGGAGCAUAUUUGGGUCUUCCAGCCUUCCUGUUGCCCCUUAAUCAGGAAGAUAACACAAAUCUGGCCAGAGUUUUGACCAACCACAUCCACACUGGCCACCACUCCUCCAUGUUCUGGAUGCGAGUACCCUUGGUGGCACCAGAUGACUUGAGAGAUGAUAUAAUUGAGAAUGUGCCAACUACACACACAGAAGACUACAGCGGGGAAGAAAAAACAUGGAUGUGGUGGCACAAUUUCCGGACUUUGUGUGAUUAUAGCAAGAGAAUUGCAGUAGCUCUUGAAAUUGGGGCUGACCUCCCAUCUAGUCAUGUCAUUGAUCGAUGGCUUGGGGAACCCAUCAAAGCAGCCAUUCUUCCCACCAGCAUUUUCCUGACUAACAAGAAGGGAUUUCCUGUUCUUUCUAAGAUGCAUCAGAGACUUAUCUUCAGGCUUCUCAAGUUGGAAGUACAGUUUAUCAUCACGGGCACCAACCACCAUUCAGAGAAGGAGUUCUGUUCCUACCUCCAGUACUUAGAAUACUUAAGCCAGAACCGUCCUCCACCCAAUGCCUAUGAACUCUUCGCUAAGGGCUAUGAAGACUAUCUGCAGUCCCCACUUCAGCCAUUGAUGGACAAUCUGGAAUCUCAGACCUAUGAAGUAUUUGAAAAAGAUCCCAUCAAAUACUCUCAGUACCAGCAGGCUAUCUAUAAAUGCUUGCUAGAUCGAGUACCAGAAGAGGAGAAGGAUACUAAUGUCCAGGUCUUGAUGGUGCUGGGAGCAGGCCGGGGUCCUCUAGUGAAUGCUUCCCUUCGGGCAGCCAAGCAGGCUGACCGGCGGAUAAAGCUGUAUGCUGUGGAGAAGAACCCAAAUGCUGUGGUGACGUUAGAGAACUGGCAGUUUGAAGAAUGGGGAAGCCAGGUGACGGUUGUUUCAUCAGACAUGCGGGAAUGGGUGGCUCCAGAGAAAGCAGACAUCAUUGUCAGUGAGCUUCUGGGUUCCUUUGCUGACAAUGAACUGUCACCUGAGUGCUUGGAUGGAGCACAGCAUUUCCUGAAAGAUGAUGGUGUGAGCAUCCCUGGGGAAUAUACUUCUUUCCUGGCUCCCAUCUCCUCUUCUAAAUUAUACAAUGAGGUCCGAGCCUGUCGGGAAAAAGACCGUGACCCUGAGGCCCAGUUUGAGAUGCCUUAUGUGGUUCGGCUGCACAACUUCCACCAGCUGUCUGCUCCCCAGCCUUGUUUCACCUUUAGCCAUCCCAAUAAAGAUCCCAUGAUUGACAACAAUCGCUACUGUACCUUGGAGUUUCCUGUGGAGGUGAACACAGUCCUGCAUGGGUUUGCAGGCUACUUUGAGACGGUGCUUUAUCAGGACAUCACUCUGAGUAUUCGUCCAGAGACUCACUCUCCUGGGAUGUUCUCAUGGUUUCCCAUCCUGUUCCCCAUUAAGCAGCCCAUUACCGUUCGUGAAGGCCAGACCAUCUGUGUGCGUUUCUGGCGAUGCAGCAGUUCUAAGAAGGUGUGGUAUGAGUGGGCUGUGACGGCACCAGUUUGUUCUUCUAUUCACAACCCUACAGGCCGUUCCUAUACCAUUGGCCUCUAGCUGCGUGUAUGAUGUCAGAGCCUUGGAAGCAGCUUUGAGUUUUAUCCUUAAAGCAGAGAAGGUGCAGUCCAUCUGCUGGUACAUCUGUGAAUGAUCCCUUACCCAUUGGACAGGAACAUUUCAUUCUACUCUACUACUUUACAUCAAGAUGGGCAAGGGGUAAGAUCUCAGGGCUUCAGCCACCAAUCUGUAAAAGGCCUCAGGCCAGGGCAUGUGGAGUUAGUAAUGCUGGGUCUGAAGUGACAUCAACAGGUACUCAGCCUCGAGCUUCAUGGAGGGGUGAGAAGAAGGAGGAGGAGGAAGAAAGAAAAAAAAAAAAAAAAAGCUUGUGAAAUAGCUCUGAGAAUGUGGAUUGAUCCAAUUUCCAGUCCUUGCCCUGCCUGCUGUUUUGAUGGUCUUGUCUAAGAAGGAAACAAAUAAAGUCAAGUUAUGGCCCUUUCCUGCUUUA